AUGCGUUAUUCUAAAGGCUCUAUUCUAAACGUUGGUCAUUUGAUCGCCUUCCUUACGGGCAUGUUGACAACCCUGGCCAUGGUUGGGUUCGUGCUUCAUGGUCCAAUGGUGAAUCAGGCUAUGCAUCAGUGGUCCAAGCGAGCUGAUGCCGCUGCUCCUUCGGGUGAGGACAUUUUGCAGUUUGGCAAUCCAGGACCUGUGGUGGAUUUACUCAAGCGCAAGGAAUAUGUCGCUUCUUAUGAUCGUCGUCUCCGCUUGCCACACUGGGUGGGAGAACAUUUGACCGCUGAAUCACUUACAGCUCAUCCUGAUGUGGAUCGUAGCAACUCGUCUUUCCAUGAAGAUGAUGAUUUACCCAAACUAUUCCGUGCCCAUCUCAAGGACUAUAGUCGUAGUGGCUAUGAUCGAGGCCAUAUGGCUCCUGCUGGUGAUGCUGUUCAAACCCAAGAAGCAAUGGAUGAGACCUUUUUGUUAUCUAACAUGGCACCCCAAGUCGGCAUUGGAUUCAAUCGUCAUUAUUGGUCCUACGUUGAAGGAUUUGUACGUGAUUUGACACAAAAUUUCACCGAUGUGUACGUCUACACGGGCCCUCUCUUUUUACCACAAGCCAUGGAUGAUGCUACAAAGUACUACUUGAACGAAGAGGAUGCUGCAUCCAAGAACCCAGGUUACCAAAUCACUUAUCCAAUGCUUGGCAAUGUUCCCAAUGUCGCUGUGCCUACUCAUUUUUACAAGAUUGUCCUCACGCCCGUUGGAUCCGAUUAUGCCAUGGCUGCUUUUGUGCUACCGAAUCAGAAAAUUGAUAGCAAGACAUCAUUGACUGAUUUCAAGGUCGAUCUCCAAUCCAUUGAACGUGCCUCGGGUCUGCUAUUCUUUGAGAAACUUGAUCGUUCCAAAUUUAAGGAUCUUUGUACCCAGACAACAUGCAAAACAUAG